UGAUUAUUGCGCUCUCUCUCCACCAUCAAUGCCCUUGCUAUCUCCACACUCCCAACCUUUGGCACAGCAUUAGUUAGAUCUAUUGCAGUAAACUUUGAAGCCUGCUGUCUACCUCUCCAAAAAAGUAACCAUGGCGCUCCAAGCGAGAGCCCUGCUCACCUCCAAGUGGCUUGCGGAGGCUUUGAAGGUCCAGGGGAAAAUGCGCAUCUUGGACACUUCUUGGUAUUUGCCUAAACUGCGGCGCAACGCCAAGAGCGAGUUCAAGAAGAGGCACGUCCCGGGUGCAGCUUUCUUUGACAUAGACCAAUGUUGUGAUAAAACCUCUCCUCUGGACCACAUGCUGCCGUCAGAGAAGAUUUUUGCAGAUUAUGUCGGAAAUUUGGGAAUAGAGAGCGAUACGCACGUCGUGGUGUACGACGCCAGCGAGUUCGGCGCCUUCUCUGCGCCCCGUGUGUGGUGGAUGUUUCGGGUGUUCGGGCACAGCGCGGUCUCGUUGCUGACUGGGGGGCUCAGGAACUGGGAACUGGAGGGUCGACCGAUGAGCGACCACUACGUCAGACCAACACCAACCGAGUUUAAGGCCUCCCUGAACCGCUCCUGGAUCAAGACCUACGAGGAUAUCCUGGAUAACGUGGACACCAAAAAGUUCCAGGUGGUGGACGCCAGGCCUGCAGGCAGGUUCAAAGGACUGGACCCUGAACCCAGAGACAACACAGAGCCAGGCCACAUCCCUGGCUCCAUCAGCGUGCCCUUCCACUCCUUCCUGUCCCAGUCGGGUCACUUUCUGCCCAAGGAGCAACUCCAGGCUCUGUUCGCCCGGGCUGGCGUGGACCUCAGCCGUCCCAUUUGUGUUUUGUGUGGCUCGGCCGUGACUGCGUGUCACGUGGCGCUGGCGGCCCACGAGUGCGGCCACCCGGGUGUAUCUGUGUAUGAUGGCGGGUGGUCGGAGUGGUACACCCGUGCCGUGCCUGAGCAUGUCAUAUCUGAAGGACGAGGGAAACAUUUGUGAUUGGUUCACAGGAGGUGUGGUUGAUGAGUUGAGACUGGAUCAAACUAGUACUGGAUGAUGUUCUUUGCUUGUUUUUAUGUGCUAAAGUUUAAAGGAAUAGUUUACAUUUUGGGAACUUGCUUAUACCAUAUUUUGCUUUCUUGGCAAGAGUUAGAUGAGAAGAUGAAUACCACUCUCAUGUCUGUAUUCUGAAGCUAUGAAGCUACAGUCAGCAGCUGAUUAGCUUAGCAUAAAGACUGGAAACAAAGGAAGAACAGCUAUCUUGGCAAAAAUCAAAAAUCCACCAUCUUAUUGUUGCAGUUUUCCUUUGUCCCCAGUCCUUAUGCUAAGAUAAGCUAACCACCUGUCAUAUUUAGUGUAUAUGAGAGUGGUAUCGAUCUCCUCAUUUAAUUAUCAGCAAAAAAGUACAUUUUCCAAUAUGUCAAACUAUUCCUUUAACAUUUAACAGUUAUGGGUAAUGGCAGACAUGCAUCACUAAGGGACAUUUCUUUCAUUCCAAACACAUUAAUAGAUGACUUGACUUAAGAGUCAGCGAUAUGUGAACACUAAACUUUUUUAAACCAACAGUUUUGAAACUGGAAUAAGUUUGUUUACAGCUGCUUAUGUUGGAAUAAAACAGAGCUGCACUUUGAA